GUAAUUAAUCCUCUAAAACCACCUAAAAAACCUUUAUCCUUAUGGCUUGGCGACUCCUCUUCUCCCGAACUACUCUGUUCAGACCAUCCCAAACCUUAAUCCUAACCUUGCAAACAUUCAAAGCUCCUCUCCUAAACCCUAAUCCUAACCCCAAUGCCAGCCCCAUUCCUUACGAGUAUUGGCUUCCCUUCUUCGCUUCUCCAUUCUCCACCUCAUUUCUCAUCACCAAAACCCCCAAGAAAUUCAAAAAGAAGCACAAAAAGAAAGAGAGCCCCAGAACCAAGCUCGUCCAGUCCGAUCCCAAUCGAAUUCUGCCAUUGGAACGCAUCGUCGAGCGCGACGCCUUCUUCCGGUUCCUCACCAAGUCCAAGGACUUCAUCUCCAAGCAGCCCGAACACGUCAUCCUUCUCGACGAAGCAGGAAAGCUCCACCGCGAGCUUGGAUUCCCUCGCGGCCGCAAGAUUGCCCGCUCCAUCCAACGCCACCCUUUGAUCUUCGAGACCUACCGCCACACCGAUGGCAAAAUGUGGUUCGGCUUCACGGAUUUCAUGGAGGAAUUGCUUGAAGAGGAGCGAGCUAUAAUGGACUCCAUGGAAUUGGAUAGGGUCAACACGGUGCGCAAAUUGCUCAUGAUGUCUUCUAAGAAGCGGAUUCCGUUAAGCAAGGUUCAUCAUUGCCGGUUGUUAUUUGGAAUUCCCGAUGAUUUCAGGGACCGGGUUGCAAAAUACCCAAAUUGGUUUCGGGUUGUGGUUGAUGGUGAUGGCAGGAGGGUGCUUGAAUUGGUGGAUUGGGAUCCGAAUCUUGCUGUUAGUUCUCUUGAGAGGGAGUUCAUGGUUGAUGAGGAAAAGGCCAAGAGGGCUUUCAAAUUUUCAGUGAAACAUGGUAAGGAUUUGGAUUUGGAUGAAGACGAGACGAGGAAACUGAACCUGUUGAACACGCUUCCGUUGGUUUCGCCAUAUUCGGACGGAUCAAAGUUGGAUCUUUGGACAUUGGAAGCAGAGAAAUACAGGGUGGGAGUGCUACAUGAGUUCCUGAGCUUGACAUUGGAGAAGAGGGCUUCUAUACACCACAUUGUGGAGUUCAAGGAGGAGUUUAGUCUGACCAAGCAUACGUACCAGAUGCUGUUGAAGCAGCCGAGAACCUUUUAUCUGGCAGGGACAGAGAUGAACUGGGUUGUAUUCUUGAAAGAAGCAUAUGAUGAAAAUGGCUUAUUGAUAAACAAGGACCCCCAGGUGGUUUUUAAUGAGAAAUUGUAUAAGUUUGCUGAAAUGCCGGAAAUGGAAACUGGUUCUCUAGUAACUGGGGGCAGCAAAUAAUUGAUGCUUGAACCUUUCUUGUGGAGUAACGGUUUGGAUCACUAAAGCCAGAAUAUAUAGAAAUUGCUUCUGUACAUGGUCGCCAAAUAUAUAGUAGAUUGCAGGGUUCCAUUCCAUUUAUUAACCUUUCUUGUUGAGGGGUUUAAUUUGUUUACCAUUUAGAAUCUUCUGAUUUUUACAUCUCAAUGUCAGGGGAAAUUUUUGUACGAAUUAUAAUGCUUCCAGAUAUUAUGUUACUAAAAAAGGCUGGUAAUAUAGAAUCUUCCAUGCUGUAUGUUACAUAUAAAUUUGAUUAUUAUAAUGAAUGCUAUGCAUGCUGAUCAAUAUAAAUAUGUUUUACUGUACAAAGUUUGAUUGAUAUAUAAAAGUAUCUAUAUCAGUUAUGAAGA